CAUUCUUAAAUCUCCAAGGAAACCACUUUUAUUGCAACGUAUUUCACACGAUGUUGUACUAUGAUUGGGUGUUGUAAGUUACUGAUGUUAUAUUUAAAUGUAACUAAAUAUGGCCGAAUCUUCUCAAAGUGAAAUGCCUCAGUGCUACGAUUCUCCUGGUGUACUUUUAACCAUUCUCCAUUUUAAUGAUGUUUAUGAGAUCGAGCCAAGAGCAGAAGAUCCAGUAGGUGGCGCAACAAGAUUUGCUACAGCUUUAAAACAAUUCUCUCCAUUAAACCCCCUGGUUGUUUUUAGUGGAGAUUGUUUAAAUCCUUCACUCCUGAGCACAGUUACGAAAGGCAAGCAUAUGUUGGCCGUCUUCAAUGAGCUGGGAGUACAUUGCGCGGUAUAUGGUAAUCAUGAGUUUGAUUUUGGAGUGGAUAUUCUGGAAGAACUGGCUCCUCAAAUGAAUUUCCCAUGGUUUCUCAGCAAUGUAUAUGACAAAUUCACUUCUCAGCCACUAGGACGUGGAGCGGUGAGCAGUAUAUUGGAAUGGAACAGUGUUAAAAUAGGUCUCAUGGGCUUGGUAGAAGAAGAAUGGCUUGAUACUUUGGGAACAGUUGACAAAUCAAACAUUGACUACGUGGACUAUGUUGUAACGGCUAACCAGCUGUCCAAAGAAUUGAGAGAAAACGGAGCAGAGUUGGUAAUUGCUAUGACACACAUGAAAUGGUGUAAUGAUAUGAGGCUUGCUUCAGAAACAAAAGCGGUGGACCUAAUACUUGGAGGCCAUGACCAUGAUUAUAGGGUUGUUGUGGUGAAUGGAACCCUGAUUGUUAAAAGUGGAUCAGAUUUCAGGUACCUGACAAAAAUUGAUGUUGUAAGAAACCACGAUAUGACGUAUAAAUAUGGAACACAGAAAGUAAUCAUUGAAAAAACCUUUGAAGAAGACCCAUCAGUAAAAAAAAUAGUCACAGAGUUCACAGCUAACUUGCAGUAUUUGCUGGAAGAAGUGCUCAUCCAAACAGAAAAGGACUUAGAUGGAUGCUUUUCUACAGUUCGGAAAUCCGAGAGCAAUCUGGGAAACCUGAUUGCUAAUGCAAUGUUGGAAGCUACACACGCUGAUGUAGCGUUACUGAAUUCAGGUACCCUGCGCUCAGAUCGCAUACAUCCAGCAGGCCCUUUAGCAAUGCGUGAUCUCAUGCAGAUUUUGCCCAUUCCGGAUCCAGUUUUAGUAGUACAGGCAACAGGACAGCAGCUAUUGGAGGCCCUUGAAAAUGGAGUUAGCAGCUACCCACACCUGGACGGAAGAUUUCCCCAAGUUGCUGGGAUACAAUUUGGAUUUGAUCCCAGAGCAAAAUCAGGGCACCGAGUUUCUGCAGAUUCAGUAAAGGUCCAAGGUCAAUACCUUGAGAAAAACAAAACAUACUUACUUGCAAUAAAGGAAUACUUAGCAAAGGGCAAGGAUGGAUAUGAAAUGUUUUUGAAUUGCCCCAGGAUAUUUGAUGUUGAGACAGCUCAAACUCUGCCCACUAUCCUUAUAAACCACUUUGAGUCAGUGAAAAUCAUUCAGGGGCUCAAAGUAUGCAAAUCUGGUCAUCGAAUGGGUUUGAUUAAAGUUUCAAACAGUGCAUCAUUCACUGCCUUUGAAGAAAACACACAUGAAAAGACACAAAUUGCAGUUGUACCAGGUGUGGAAGGCAGGAUAUAUCACAUUUCCCAAGAACAGGAAAGACACCUUAGAGAACUCCGUGCUGCAAGGGAAGAAAAUGCAUUUCCUGCAGGAUUCAACAGUGUUAAUGAUAAACCUAUUUCUGACUGAGUGUGAGACUAUUGGUCAUUUUUUCAUUUUAGAAAUGUUGUACAGAAAAGAACAACUGGUUGCCUAUGGAAAUCUAUAAUUUGUUUUAUAUAUACUGUACAUACCGUACAGUGUAGAGUAUUUUAAAACAGGUAUUAAAACUAUUAAAAUAAUUUUGAAUGAUUUAUAAUCUUUCACUUGUGCAAUAUGAUUACCUUGCUGUCCUGUUUAUCUCAGAACAAGGUGGAAAGUUUAAAGGGCUAAAAAGCUUUUUUCAAAACAGCACUACAAUUAUCUACAUACAUGUGAUUAAAGGAUAGGUAUGGUUUGUGGAUUUUUUUAUUAGCUUUAACUCUAAGUGAUAAUGAUAAAAGCCUGGCUUUUACAGAAGAAAAAGGGGUCCAUGCAUUAGUAUUGGUUAAUAUUUACCAAUCAUCUGCACUAUUAGCAUUUUUGUAGUAACAUUUCAUUUUUAUUUUACCAGUUGCAUACCUUCAUAUGUCAAGUCUACAAGGUGGAUAAAAACAGAAACAGAUAUUCAUGGAGUACCCUUUAAAAAUAUAUAUGUAUGUAAAUUUACAAUUGCAGACAAAAGUAUUUGGGCAGUUAAAAAAAUGAGAAAAAACUCAAAGAAAGUGAUUUCUAUAAUUUCGAAUUGUUCUAUUGAAAGAUAUAAAUUAAAGUAGAGAUUCAGCUUUAUAAUAAAACAAUAAAGUAUUACAUAACAUGCAUAAAAUGAAAAAUAAGAUGCAAAAACUAAUUUCAUACUUUGACAAAAGUAUUUGGGCCAUCAACUUAUUUUGUAUUAAACCCAUUCAUUGCUAAUUAUUGACAAUAAUCAUGAUUAAAAACCAACACCUGAUGAUAAUUAUAGAAUAAAUAAAUACAUAAUCAUCAAGUGCUGAAAAAUAAAUUGGAAAUUUGUGAUUAAAAAAGCAACAAAAAUGGUUACAACUAAAGAGUACAGCAACGAUCUCAAAAUGGCAGUGAUACAACUGAACGAAAAAGGAGAAACUACCAGAAAAAUAGUAGAAAGACUCGGUUUACCAAAAAUCACGGUGUGGGCUAUUAUUGAUAAACUGUAUGUGUUGAAGAAUGGGCAAAAAUAUCUCCGGAAAGAUGCCAGGAACUGGUUUCAAAAUACAAAUGUAAGGGUGCCCAAAUAUUUUCGUCAAAGUAUGAAAUUAGUUUUUGCAUGUUAUUUUUCAUUUUAUGCAUGUUAUGUAAUAAUUUGC